UUUGAAAAGUAUGUUUUCAGCCUUGAUCUUAUCGUGGGUCUGACGUAACAAACUACACGGCUGCUUGUCGGUUGACGUUUUUUUUAUUAUGUUUCGUGUUCACACACCACGCAGUUUCGAGACCGAUAGUUGGGCAUGAAUAUGCAACCUGAAGCGAAGUGUUUAUUUGCACAGCUGCGUUACAGCACCGUUGCUUGCCGCCGAAGUAUAUCGCUCCUUCGCUAAGCUGCGGUAAGAUUCUACACCCAGUUGAGUUUGGUCUAGUCGUUUGACAUCAAGCUGAAGGGCACGACAAUCUGUACACGAUGAAGUUCGUAACGAGUCUCCUUGCAAUCAUCCUUACUGUGACGUUCCUGCUCUUUGGUGAAACUGUUGCACAGGAUCCGGAACCCGAACCAGAACCGAUCGUAUGUACCGAUCCGAACGAAAUAUAUGACGAUUGUGGUCCUAUCUGUGGUGAUCGUACCUGUGCUAACCAGCGGAAGAACGACGUGGUUUGCCGACGAGCCUGUAUGGAGGGAUGCUUCUGCAAAGGUGGUUACGUGCGCAACAAGUCACGAAAGUGCAUUCCGUCCUACAUGUGCGCAUCGAUGGGCUAGUGUCUAGUGGGCUUCUAUCUUGUUUUUUUAUGUUACAACAAUAAAGGCAUAACGUAAUCAGAACGAGACUGAUUGAAUAUCUUGUUCAUAAGUAUUAGAUUUAGGCUACGAUAGCAUCAGAAUAUUAAGCUAAUUAUUGCAUUGGAUAAGAUCGGAUAA